GCCGCCGACUCCGUGUGCCCGAGGCGCUCCCGCCGCUGCCUGAGGCGCUCCUGCCGCCCUCGCGCCCGCCGCCAUGACCGAGGAGCCGUACGAGAAGUUCCUGACCCCCGAGGAGCCGUGCCCGCUGCUCUCGCACCAGCACCCGCCGCGGGGCGGCAGCUUGAGCCUGAGCGAGGAGGGCUGCCUGGACGUCAGCGAUUUCGGCUGCCAGCUCUCCUCCUGCCACCGCACCGACCCUCUGCACCGCUUCCACUCCAACAGGUGGAACUUGACAUCUUGUGGGACGAGCGUGGCCAGCUCGGAGUGCAGCGAGGAGUUGUUCUCAUCCGUGUCCGUGGGGGAUCAGGAUGAUUGUUACUCUCUGCUGGAUGACCAGGAGUUCACCUCUUUUGAUCUGUUCCCCGAGGGCAGUGUCUGCAGUGAUGUCUCCUCUUCUAUCAGCACAUACUGGGAUUGGUCAGACAGCGAGUUUGAGUGGCAGUUGCCUGGCAGCGACAUUGCAAGUGGGAGUGAUGUGCUUUCGGAUGUUAUACCGAGUAUUCCAAGCUCUCCCUGUCUGCUUCCCAAAAAGAAAAACAAGCAUAGGAAUCUUGAUGAGCUUCCAUGGAGUGCAAUGACAAAUGAUGAACAGGUUGAAUAUAUUGAGUAUUUGAGUCGCAAAGUCAGUACAGAGAUGGGCCUUCGAGAGCAACUUGAUAUUAUUAAAAUUAUUGAUCCUACUGCUCAGAUCUCACCUACAGAUAGUGAAUUCAUUAUUGAAUUGAACUGUCUCACAGAUGAAAAACUGAAACAGGUGAGAAACUACAUCAAGGAACACGGACCUCGCCAGAGGUCUGCAAGAGAGAGCUGGAAAAGGAGCAGCUACAGCUGUGCAAGUACCAGUGGUGUGAGUGGGGCCAGUGCCAGCAGCAGCAGUGCCAGCAUGGUCAGCUCAGCCAGCAGCAGUGGCUCCAGCGUUGCCAACUCCGCGUCAAACUCCAGUGCCAACAUGAGUCGAGCGCACAGCGACAGCAAUUUGUCCACAAGUGCUGCAGAAAGAAUCCGGGAUUCUAAAAAACGUUCCAAGCAACGGAAACUCCAGCAAAAGGCCUUACGGAAGAGACAGCUGAAAGAACAAAGACAAGCUCCAGUUAUUCAGAGUUUAAAAUGCCUCAGGGUUUUGUUGAGAGAAGACCCCAUCAUUUUGAUGAGGUACAGUUCAUUCUGGUCACCUGUCUACUAGCUUCCAGAGAUCAUGAAGUGAGGGAGGAUAGUAUUUCCAUCAUAGUGUGAGCAUGUAAGUAUAAAUUAUUCUAAGUGAUUAGAUGGGUCCAGUUGCUCAUCUGUUACAUUGGACAAAAAGGUCCUGGGUGCCAGAAUAGCUGAUUGUGCUGUGUUGUCUCCAGCAGGUACUUCAGUCAUGUGUGUGACAGUUAAAAUGAUAGAAGAGAGUGGAUUUCCAGGGAUUCCAUACUAAUAAUUUGUAGCUCUGUGAUCUCAUAGAUCCAGGAUGCUCAUAAGAAUACAAAGAAUACAAAACUCUGAAUGUUCUGGUAAGAAUGCAGAAUAACAUCUUGCUUACCUUGAAUGUUCUUUGCAAGUACUCAGAGAUAUAAUGUUGUCUUUCACUGAUCUCAGAGAAUCAGGCCUGAAGUGACUGUGGGAUUCAGGAGUUCUCACAUACUUCUACACAUUUGGGUUUUUUUUUCCUUUUUCUUUCUCAUCCUCUGUCAUUCCAGUGACACACUCAUUUUGUGGUGGGGGGAGGUUUCUUGUCAGAUUCAUGUUUUUCCCUGCAGCAUGCUCAAUGUUUACUCAGGAAGACCCCAUCCAUGGUGGUUUUAAAAGACAUGUAAAUGUGGCACUUAGACAUGGUUUAGUGGUGGGCUUGGCAGUGUUAGAUUUAGGGUUGGAAUUGAUGAUCCUAAAAGGACUUUUCCAAUCUGAAUCUAUUAAUUUGUGUGAAAUACCUGUGGUAGUAGUCAAACAGUUGGAAUGUCAGUGAAAUCUGGUCUUACUGAUUUAAGUUUUGGCCUUUGUGGCUACAGGUGUAACUCCUGGGUUCUGAUAAAGAAGAGUAACAGAUGGCUAAAAUAAUGCAUCGUUAUUGUGGCUUUUCCUUAAAAAAAUAAAUAAAAUCCCUGCUUUUUAUUAAUAGAGGAAAAAUGUCAAGCUUAAAAGUAACACAGAGACACACAGGAAAAAGCUAAAAAGCUCACAGUUACAUGGCUUCAUGGUACUGAAACUGUGUCUGUAGGAACUUUGUCCCCACUGCAAUGUGGAUAUAAACAAUUUACAUUUUGUAAUGACAACAGUUUGCUUCCAUGGUAACUUUUUUGCUUAAAAGGCUUAGAAGGAGCACUGAAAGUCUGAUUGCAAUAGGACUGUAAACAAGAGAGAACAUUAUUUUCUAAUAUGAUUUUAAAUAUGAGGAAGAAAGCUGCCUGAGAAACUUGGCUGAUUUCUGUGUAUCUAAUGUCAUCUUUUGUUCAAAUACCUAUUUUUUUUAAUCUGGGAAGCUGAUAAAAAGAUGGUUACCAUGUGCUCAGUAUGGGGUGCUUACUUGGAAGAGCAGGAAAAGUCUUUGUAAGACUUUCCUGGGCUCAAAUUUUAGUUCUCAUAUUGUGGUUUGAAACCUGUGAAGAUCAUUCUCUGGGGAGAAAACAAACCAACCAACCUGCUUGAACUUACUUACAUGCAUUUACAUCAUACACAAUACAGAAGGAUAAAAAUGGUAAUAUUUGCUGUUCAUCUAUGCUGAAUGGCCUGAAGCCAUUUCUUUUCUCCUAACACUCUUUCAACUUUGAAAUCAGUUGAUGCAUUGGUCUAUAAAUAUUAAUAAACCUGACUGUUUUGGGAGCUUUUAAAGUUCGUUCAUAUAAGCCAGAUUUUCAUGGCAGAUGUUGUUAGAUUUAUUGGUUUAAUUUUCUUAAGCUUACUGAUCUUGCAAUUCUUGGGCACAGAAAAGUCAACAGUUGUCCAUUUAAGGAUUGCAAAGAUUAGUUUGUUAAUCUAUCAAGAGCAAAUCUAUGUAAUAUUGAAAGUUUGUCUAUUUUGACUGUUAACUCUGAUGAAUCAUAUUAGCAUUCUCUCUCAUCUGGCUAACUUUAAAACACUUCCAAAUUACAAAUAAAUUCUCUAUUGUAAAAAAAAAAUGUAAUAUGGAAGCCUUGAAUAUAGUUAAUAACCAAAGUAAGGGGAAGGUGGGGGGUUGAUUUUUUUUUUUCUUUUUGUGGGAGGGAGAGAUGAGGAUAUAGAUUAGAGUAUAUGGUAUUGCUUAAAUUGAGGGUUUUUUCCCCCCAGGUUCUCUGCUAAUUGUAUUGCUAAAAUGCACUUUUGUAUAGAAAACCGUUCUCUGUACAUUCUGUAUCUACUUUACACAAUGUUUAUAGAGAUUUUUCUGAAGUUGUGAAGGAUUUACUGAAAGCUCUGAUGCUGUUGAAUUCAAGUUUUCAUUGUAUUUGAAAAUAGUUAUGUGCAUAUUGAAGUACAGGUUGGAAUUAAAAUUAAUGAUAUAGCAACGAUA